AUGCUGACGUUGGUGUUGCUAGCGGUGUGUCUGGCUGAAGCCUACGGAUGUGGGCUGCCCACCUUCCCCCCUGUGGUGAAGAGGGUGGUGGGAGGAGAGGAUGUCAGACCCCACAGCUGGCCCUGGCAGAUCUCUCUGCAGUACAACAGGAAUGGAGAAUGGACACACACCUGUGGAGGAACCCUCAUCUCUGCUGACUGGGUCCUCACUGCUGCCCACUGCAUCAGCAGCAGCAACACCUACCGUGUGGGUCUGGGGAAACACAACCUGAAGGAGGACGAGCUGGGCUCCCAGUUCAUCCCCGCCGCUAAGAUCAUAGAACACGAGAACUACAACAUCUUCCUGAGCCGUAAUGACAUUGCCCUGAUCAAGCUGCAGACCCCUGUCACUGUCUCAGACUCCGUCAUGCCUGCCUGUCUGCCCGAGGCUGGAUUCCUCCUGCCCCACAAUGCACCUUGCUACGUCACUGGCUGGGGACGCAUGAAGACGGACGGUCCUGGCUCUGAAGUCCUUCAGCAGGCUCUGCUCCCUGUAGUGGACCACACCACCUGCUCCCAGCCCGACUGGUGGUCAGUCCUGGCUACGGAGGACAUGGUGUGUGCAGGAGGGGACGGAAAAGUGGCCGGCUGCAACGGUGACUCCGGGGGGCCUCUGAACUGCCAGAGCACAGAUGCAUCAUGGGAGGUCCACGGGGUGGUCAGCUUUGGGUCGGGAACCGGCUGCAAUGUCCACCAGAAGCCCACCGUCUUCAUGCAAAUCAGCUCCUACACGGACUGGAUCAGCGUGGUGAGU